AUGUCCUCAAACUCAUUAGCUCAAUUGAAAGCCACCGGUACCGUCGUCGUCACUGACACUGGUGAAUUCGAAUCAAUCGCCAAAUAUACUCCACAAGAUGCUACCACCAACCCAUCUUUAAUCUUAGCUGCUUCUAAAAAAGCUGAAUACGCUAAAUUAAUUGAUGUUGCUGUUGCUUACGGUAAAGAAAAAGGUUCAACUACUGAAGAAAAAGUUUCAAUUGCUUUAGAUCGUUUAUUAGUUGAAUUUGGUACUGAAAUUUUAAAAAUUGUUCCAGGUAGAGUUUCAACUGAAGUUGAUGCUAGAUUAUCUUUUGACAAAGAAGGUACCAUCAAAAAAGCUUUACAAAUUAUUGAAUUAUACAAAGAACAAGGUAUUGACAAAGAUAGAAUUUUAAUUAAAAUUGCUUCAACUUAUGAAGGUAUCCAAGCUGCUAGAGAAUUAGAAUCAAAAUACCAAAUCCACACCAACUUGACUUUAUUAUUCUCUUUCGUUCAAGCUGUUGCUUGUGCUGAAGCUAACAUCACUUUGAUUUCACCAUUCGUUGGUAGAAUCUUAGAUUGGUACAAAGCUAAAACUGGUGAAACUUACACUGGUGAAACCGAUCCAGGUGUUAUCUCUGUUAAAAGAAUUUUCAACUACUACAAAAAAUUCGGUUACAAAACCAUUGUUAUGGGAGCUUCAUUCAGAAACACUGAUGAAAUCAGAGCUUUAGCUGGUGUUGAUUUCUUAACCAUUGCUCCAAAAUUAUUAGAAGAAUUAAUCAACUCUGAUUCUGCUCUUCCAAAAGUUUUAGAUGCUAAAGAUGCUCAAAACGUUGAUGAAGAAAAAGUUUCAUAUGUUGAUGAUGAAGCUACUUUCAGAUUCUUAUUAAAUGAAGAUGCUAUGGCUACUGAAAAAUUAUCUGAAGGUAUCAGAAAAUUCGCUGAAGAUGCUGUUACUUUAUCAAAAGUUUUGGAAGAAAAAGUUUUGGCUUAA